CUGAGGGGGCGCGCGGCUCGUUGAGUUUAAGAUGAGGAGAUGAGAGAAGCUGCAGUUCAUUCACUGUCAGAUCCUUUCCACGCUGCGAGACCUGCUGAAGUUUGAACCAAACCACUUUUAUGUGAGGACACAGUGUGGACGGUGCAUAAAGAUGGACUAUUUUGGAUAAAUGUGAACCCUUUGUCCCACGAUUUUGAGCCUAUAGGAGUACAUAUGGAUUAAUUUUUUUUUAAAUAAAAUUCUGAUGCGGUGAAGGGAUGAAGGAUCGCUUCAUUCACGUUUUCUUUUUCUGCGAAAUGAUCUCGCGCACUGAUUUGUGGGUUUGACUUAAUUUAAUGUAUUAAAAGGACAAGAACGUAUUAAAAGGAGUUCGUUUGCUUUCAUAGAGUCGAUUUUAGGGCUCGGUUUGUGAACUUGUCGGACUUGUGAAGAGUUUAUCCUUUGAGAGAUUUGUCUGUGGGAAGGCAUGUUCCCUGGCUCCACGCGGGUUGGAGCAUCUUUGCGGCUCCGGUCGGGAAGGUUUCGCCUGCGCUGGGACACAUUUGGACCACAGGGGAGAUGAGAGCCGCGCUGAUCCACUUUCUCUUCUGCUGCUCUCUGCUUUCAGCAGCCGCUGAGGAAGCACCAAUUCCGCAAGAGCUGAUUGAGAGACUCUCUAAUAGUGAGAUCCGCAGCAUCAGCGACCUCCAGAGGAUCCUGGAGAUUGACUUCUUAGAGAAUGAGGUUCUGGAGGACGUUAAACAAGGCCACCAUAAGGAGCAUCUGUAUGACAGCAGACACCUCAAGAACUCUCACUCCAGACGCAAGAGAAGCAUUGAGGAGGCAGUGCCCGCCGUCUGCAAGACUCGCACAGUGAUCUACGAGAUCCCACGCAGUCAGGUCGAUCCCACGGCCGCCAACUUCCUGAUCUGGCCUCCGUGUGUGGAGGUGAGACGAUGCUCGGGCUGCUGCAACACCAGCAACAUGCGCUGCCACCCGUCCAAAAAGCACCACAGGACCGUGAAGGUGGCCAAGGUGGAGUACGUACGCAGGAGGCCGAAGCUCCGGGAGGUGCAGGUGCAGCUGGAGGAUCAUCUCGAGUGCGUCUGCACGUCCAAACAUCACUCAGAGUCCCGCAUACACAUGGCAGAUAUAAGGUGAGCGUGGCACUGGAUAAAAGAAAGCAGAGGAGGGCCAUGGCAUCCAAUCAGAUAACAGACUGCACGAUAGCUAUUGAGUGAUAUCAUCUGAAAAGACGAGGCGGAUGUGAACUGUUCAACCCUGAGCGAAUCAGGACAGCCUUUUUGGAUCGCUUUGGACUUUUGAUGCACCUUUAGAAGGCACCCAGAGAGAGACUUUGGUUUUGGAUUAAAACCCAGGGGAACUAAGCACAACAAACUAGAGACUGCAAAGACAGAGACUUUCAGAAAAUGAACUUGGAGUCACAGACGUUGAAAUUCUGAUUCUAUGACCUUUUAAAGGAGCAUCUAUCACGACUUUAUUUGUGUAUCAAAAUGUAUUUUCUCCAGCAAAUAUCUGUAUCAUAUUUUUGUAACUGCCAGUUUUCUAUCAACACUGAUCUUCUCUUGUAUAUGCCGUAGAAUGAACGAGAACAACAAAACACAAUCUGCAGUAACUGAUACUAAUAAAGUGAAUACAUUUUGUUGUGUUUGUUUGACAGACAACUGUCCCAACGAUCAGUAUGAUUAUGUGCAUUCAUUACACCGUGUUCUAACCAGGAGCAUUGUGAUAAAUUUAAUCUCUUCUAUGUCUCUUCCUAUCUGAAUUUUCUCUCAACCAACUGCAAACACAGCAAGCGA